AUGCAUCUGGAUCUUGUCGGAGUUGGCCUGCAACCGUCGACUGUUCGUAGGAAUGGCUUUGACAAUCACCUUGUCGAGAUGGCCCUCACCGUGCUUCGACAUGCAGCCCGCCCGCUGCGCUGUGAUGGGCAAACACGCUUCAUUGUACGAGGGUUUCCUACUGCAUCAAAGGAUAUUUUGCAAGAUGUCGUCUUACGGCACGACGGUGCUGUUUUCCUGUGCCCUGUCGAAGCUCCACUGAGCAAGGAAUCAGUCCGGAACUUUACAGAGCACGACAGUUCGCAUGAUGAAUUGUUGGUUUUCCGUGUUGCUGCUCAGUGCAAAUGGCGCAACCGCGAUUUUCAGACCAAUCUUUCGCGGUUCCAUCUGAAGGCUGAAGUCAUGGUGCUUCACCGGUGGUACCUCGAAUGCCGGGAAAGUGAUGCUGAUGCAAAUCGACUUCCUAUCCGGAGGGAGCCCGCAUCCGCAUCCGCAGAGCCCAAGAUUGACGGGCGGUGCGAUUUAUCGGCGGUUCAAGGUGGUCAGCAGCCCUCCGGCUGA